AUGAUGCUCGACUCCUAGCGAGAAGCUCCUCCGCACCCGACAUCCGCUGUAAGGGGGAGAACUUAAUAAAAUUCACCAACCAUUCCUGACUAGAAAUAACGUGUUCGUUCAACGUGAAGUGAAUCCGAAGGCGCAACCAUCAAGACAUUAUUUUUGGGGGGGGAAUUUGAGCAUUAAGGUUUUGAUUUUUACAUCAUUUUUUUACAGAAGACAUCGAAAUAUUGUUUUGUGAUUUAUUUUUUAUUUUUAGAAAAAGUCUGAACGAUUAUUUCACACAGUGUUGACUUUCCUGGACGUUUGCAGACUUUAUUCGUGGGCUGAAAUCUCGCAGUAAAUUCGUCGGACCGCUCGUAUAUGUGAUUGGCUUAACAAGUACCUUUAUUCUUCAGCGAGCGAGAGAUCAUGGAGCGCGACUCUACCGCGGGAGGGGCGGAGGACCUGCUCCUGGAGGACAAAGUUUCAAAACUGCGCGCAGGAUCGCUUCAUAAACACGAACUCGCCGAGGCCAUGGAAGUGGAACAGGAAGGACUGGUAGAACAUCAGCCUCUGGAGCAGGACGACCUUAACUUUGAGAAAUGGAAGCCCAAGCCAAAGCCCAAGAGGACGCUGCAUGAGAAAAUAGACGACCUAAAGACGUACCUGUGGAACGCAGAGACUAAGGAGUUCAUGGGCCGCUCGGGGAAGAGCUGGAGCCUUAUUCUUCUCUUCUAUGCAGCAUUAUACAUUUUCCUGGCAGCCAUGUUUGCUGGUUGUAUGUGCUGUCUGAUGUGGUCAAUAAGUCCAUACGCUCCCACCUACAAUGACAGAGUGAUGCCACCAGGUAUGACAAUGUUCCCUCACGUAGACACAGCUCAUGGGUUUGACAUUGCUUUUAAUGCCUCUGACCGAAGCUCAUGGAGGAGGUAUGCGAAAACACUGGAAGCCCAUCUGAAACCCUAUGACGAUGGAUUGCAGGGCAGGCGGAACAUUGCAUGCAAAGGAAAUGCGUAUUUCAUGCAAGAAGACUUGGAGGAGAGUGCCGAGCGCAAGGCAUGUCAGUUUAACAGGUCCUCGCUGGGAGCCUGCUCUGGCCUGCAAGACAAAGAUUUCGGUUACUCCAAGGGAAGACCCUGCAUCCUCGUCAAAAUGAAUCGGAUUCUCGGGUAUCUGCCUGGUCAAGGCACUCCAGUAAAUGUUACAUGUGGAUUAAAGAAAGGGUCAACUGAAGUUCUCGGAGAAGUCAAAUUCUUUCCAAAUCCUAACUUCGACUUGCGGUACUACCCUUACUACGGGAAACUGAGACAUGUAAACUACUCCUCUCCACUGGUGGCGGUGCAAUUUCUUAACGUCCAACACGACACCCCACUGCACAUUCAAUGCAAGCUAAACGGCAAGGGCAUCAUCAACGAUUCACAGACCGACCGUUUUCUGGGUAGUGUGUCUUUCACUUUAGAAGUGGGCGCAUAGGAUCGCAGUAGGCCUAGAGAAAUUGAUUUUAAAACUCUCAAAGUAUGUUAUAAUAAAUGAAAUAGCACACUGGGUGCUGUCUUUACCCAUUAGCCCUCUGAUUAUGCCUCCAGCUACCACUGUGCUAUUUGUGUCAGAGAAAACAAGGAAUUUCCCAGUAUGCAAAAACUGAGAUCCAUACAUCACAUUUAGUAACAUUCAGUACCCAGACACUAGAACUGAACUGACACCUGUCUGAAUUUCAUUAUAGGAUAAAACAAACAAACAAAGAUAUCCAAAUAUGUAGAACCCAUCUAUAGAUGAGGCAUAAUCACACAAAAACGUACAGCCUACAGUGUGACUUAGGCUAAACAAUUCUCUAGAUCUGUGUAGAUUGUAGACAUUAACAUUUAUUAAUUGAUCAGUUCUUUUGGUAAGUCAGAUGUGUAUAUAACACACGUUAAAACUAUUUUUAAUGAUUUUUCCCUGUUAAGGAAAAUUCCCCCUCAGGCCGAAAAAUGACUUGUGAUCUUUUUUUUUUUUUUUUUUUUGCUUGCUCAUUUAAUGGAAUAACAAUCAAAUGUGGUUUAGGAUUAAUAAUUGAUUGUACAUUUUAUUUUUGGACUAAAUUUUCUUUAUUAUUUUUGGAUAUACAACUAAAUUUUGAUUCCAGAGGAAAGGCAUUUUACUGAAAUCCACAGCAAAUCCCAUUUCAUCGAGUUGAUUUUCUUGUUUUGUCUUGUUUUUGUCAAUUAUGCAAUCAGCAUUUCUUAAAAACUAAAUGGCAAACUUCACGUAAUUCAUCUUUGAGUGAAAAUAUCUGUUCAGUUGCCUGUAAGAAGGAUUUCAACAGUAUUAUUUAUUAAUUGUAUUUGAAUAUAUUGACAUGGUACGAACGGUUACAAAGUAUAAUAGUGAGAUGGAAAUCGGUAACUGCACGUCUUUGUUAUUCGGUAAAUACAAUGAAAUAUCCACUGGCUGACAAAGAUUUGCCAGCUCAUGUUUUUAAACGCACUCAUGUUCUAGCAUAAACAAUAAAGACGGAUGAAAAUUAA